AUGCAAAUCCGAGAGUUUGAUAUCGUACUGUUCGGCGCCACAGGUUUUACCGGUCAGUUCGUUGUCGAAGAGUUGGCCCGAAGUGCACAACAAGAGUCCAUCAAAUGGGCGAUCAGUGGAAGGAGUCGUGAGAAGUUGGCUAAAGUGUUGACCACUGCGAGCGCAGAGACUGGUAUAGAUGUGACAAACAUUCCCACCAUUGAAGCCGAUGUCCAGUCGGAAGAGUCUCUGCGAGCGAUGACCGCACGGACACGACUUGUGUUGAAUACUGUCGGCCCGUUUCGGUUCUUCGGGGAACCAAUUAUCAAAGCGUGCGUCGAGACGGCUACUAAUCAACUGGACAUCAGCGGUGAACCGCAGUAUAUGGAGUCAAUGCAACUGAAAUACAAUAAGAUUGCGCACCAAAAGGGUAUAUACAUUGCCGGUGCCUGCGGUUGGGGUUGUGUUGUCUGUGAUUUAGGCGUUCAGUUCCUUAAGAAACACUUCAAUGGAGAACUCAAUUCUGUGGAAACGUUUCUCACUGUUAAGACCGGACCUAAAGGAUUGAGUACAAACUACGGCACGUGGCAGUCGGCCAUUCAUGGCUUCGCAACCAAACAUGAAUUGAAAGAUCUUCGGCGCCAACUCUAUCGGGAAGUGUUUACUAAACCGCGACCGCAACCGAAGUUUCCAUUGCAGCGAAAAACUAUACCAUUCAGUUCGGAGUACACGAGCGACUGGUGUGUGCCGUUUCCAGAGGCCGACCGGUCUGUCGUUCAGCGAACACAACAAUACAAAUACGAGAAACACAAUGAAAGGCCGACACAACUCGAGACCUACUAUACUAUCGAUAAUACGUUCAGUCUAUUGAGCUUUAUCUUAAUGGCCGUUAUAUUUCAAAUUUUGGUGGCUUUCCGUUGGGGACAAUCACUCCUCGAAGACUAUCCGUCCGUUUUCUCGUUCGGCGAAAUUACAAAGUCUGGUCCGACACGCGAGCAGAUUAUGGCCACAACUUUUAAGACACUUAUUGUAGGUUGGAACGAGAAGUUGUCCGAACCCACCGACCAGCCCAAUGAGGCGCCCAAUAAGACUGUUAUGGUUGAAGUGACCGGUUUUGAUCCGGGAUAUCGGGCCACCAGUACUUGUUUAGUACAAUCGGGCAUUACUUUAAUCAAAGAAUUUGAUAAAUUUCCAGAAAAGGGCGGUGUGUUUACUCCCGGAGCUCUAUUUGAAAGCACAGGCCUUAUAAAGCGACUUAAGGCACACGAUCUCAAUAUUACUUUGAGCGCUGGAUGUAGCCGCGGGAACCAAUCCCUGGUCACGAUACUUGAGCCUUCACGGCGUGAGUCCAGUCCUAAGUCCUUGCGGGGCCCUCAGGGCAGUCCCAGGUCACAGCACGGGGUGACCGAGACUAAUAACCAACGAGAGGUUAUAGACACAGUAGACAACGUGUUACAGACAACGUGUUUAUUACAAAGGCAAAGACAGGACUACCACGAGCACAGGCAACACAUCUCUCGCAUAAUUCACAUUGAGAUGUCUGAAAGCCGAGAGUUUGAUAUCGUAUUGUUCGGCGCCACAGGUUUUACCGGUCAGUUCGUUGUCGAAGAGUUGGCCCGAAGUGCACAACAAGAGUCCAUCAAAUGGGCGAUCAGUGGAAGGAGUCGUGAGAAGUUGGCUAAAGUGUUGAUCACUGCGAGCGCCGAGACUGGUAUAGACGUGACAAACAUUCCCACCAUUGAAGCCGAUGUCCAGUCGGAAGAGUCUCUGCGGGCAAUGACUUCACGGACUCGACUUGUGUUGAAUACUGUCGGCCCGUUUCAGUUCUUCGGCGAACAGGUGGUGAAGGCGUGCAUUGCGUCGGUGACCAAUCAUCUGGACAUUAGUGGCUCUCAAUACUACAUGGAGUCAAUGCAAUUGAAGUAUAAUAAGGCGGCCCAAGAGAAAGGCAUAUACAUUGCCAGUGCCUGCGGUUGGGAUAGUAUUCCUUUCCUUAAGAAGCACUUCAAUGGAGAACUCAAUUCUGUGGAAACUUUUUUCACGUUGAAUACAGGACCUAAAGGAUUGGCCACAAAUGUCGGUACCUUUCAAUCGGCAAUUCAUGGAAUCGCCGACAAAAAUAAGCUGAAAGUUAUUCGGAGUAAACUCUAUCGAGAAAUAUGCGCUAAACCUCUGCCGCAAACCAAGUUUCCAUUGGUUAAAAAAUCGAUGCCAUUCCGGUCGGAGUACGUGAGGGGUUGGUGUGUGCCGUUUCCCGGCUGCGAUCCGUUUGUUGUUCAACGGACUCAACGUUAUAAAUACGAGAAAUGCAAUGAAAGGCCGACACAAAUCGAGUCCUACUUAAUUGCCGACACUUUCUUUCAACUCAUAGGCCUUAUAACUCUGGGCGCAGUAAUAGCAGUGAUGGCGCCCUUCCGUUGGGGCCGAUCUCUACUCGAGUCCUAUCCGUCGGUCUUCUCGUUCGGCAGAUUUACAAAGACUGGUCCGACACGCGAGCAGAUAAUGGCCGCAACCUUUAGAUUACUUAUUGUAGGCAAAGGUUGGAGCGAGAAGUUGUCCGAACCCACCGACGAGCCCACGGAGACGCCCAAUAAGACUGUUAUGGUUGAAGUGACCGGUUUUGAUCCGGGAUAUCGGGCCACCAGUACUUGUUUGGUUCAGUCGGGCAUUACGUUAAUCAAAGAAUUGGAUAAAUUGCCAGAAAAAGGCGGUGUGUUUACUCCGGGCUUACUAUUCGAAGGCACCGGUUUUACCGGUCAGUUCGUUGUCGAAGAGUUGGCCCGAAGUGCACAACAAGAGUCCAUCAAAUGGGCGAUCAGUGGAAGGAGUCGUGAGAAGUUGGCUAAAGUGUUGAUCACAGCGAGCGCCGAGACUGGUAUAGAUGUGACAAACAUUGCGAUCAUUGAAGCCGAUGUCCAGUCGGAAGAGUCUCUGCGAGCGAUGACCGCACGGACACGACUUGUAUUGAAUACUGUGGGUCCGUAUCGGUUCUUCGGGGAACAGGUGGUGAAGGCCUGUGUCGAGACGGCUACGAAUCAUCUGGACAUCAGCGGUGAACCG